AAAACAUGGACGGUCUCGAGAAAGUGCGGUUAGUGUAGCCUGUUUUCGAAACACCAUCCUCUUUAUGAUAAGUAGCGAUUAAAGACUCAAAUAGGGGUUCAUCAUGAUUACCCCGGCGUUUGAGCUGAGCCAAGACCCGCAAUACCUGACCAUCAGCAUCCAUGUUCCCUACACCAGAACAUCGGAGUUCGACCUCUAUAUCGACGGGACCGAUUUCAAGUUCUAUGCUAAACCCUACUUCCUCAGAUUAACCCUUCCUGGUAGAAUUGUGGAAGACGGGAGGGAAAAGGCAACAUUUGACAUAGAUAAAGGUCUCUUCACUCUCAGAGUCCCCAAGGAGACUCCUGGAGAGAACUUUGAAGGCCUGCAAAUGCUGACUAUUCUCCUUGCCCCAAAAGGCUCCCGAUCAGCAAAGCCACUGGUGGAAGACAUAAGUACCGUUUCAGGAGCAUGUGGUGGAAGUGAAGGAAAUGAUGAAGAAGAAGAUGAAGAAGAGUUUGACUGGCAGGUUGAGCAGGAGGUUUACACGGAGAACCCUGAAGGAGAGCUGGGGGCCCCUCAGAAAUAUGGCUUUGGUAAUCAGAGGUCUGGAGUGUUUGCCAGACUACAGGAGGAACUGAGUGAUGUCAUUGACAUCAAAAACCCAGAAGGAACCACAGCGGCAGAGAGGAGGCAGGCUCGGAUUGAUGCAGAGACAACCGCGUUCUGCCAUGACCAUUACCUUGCUGAUUUGUUUGAGGACGAAGAGAUCCAGGGGCUGCUGAAGUUUUGUCCAUGGUGGGAGAAUCUGAGCCCUUCCUCAGAACAGAAAGGAGAGGCAGUUGUGUCUUUCAACGAUGAUGAGAAGGCGCAAAUGAGGCAAUUUCCCAAUCACUCCUACCUGUUGAGCAAGGCGUCUCGUCACCAAGUCUGGCUCAGCCUGGUGGACAUCAUCCUGGCCUAUGCCUACGCAGUGCGCACUACGGAGGGGGAACAUAAUGUAGAGUCACCGUGGACCAUCAGAAAACUAAGUGGAACUCUCUGCUGUCUGGAGACAUACUGUUCCAUGCGGGAAGUCUUGGUAUCAUUUGGACGGAGAGUCCUGUGCUACCCUCUCUACAGACACUUCGGCUUGGUCUCUGCCGCCAUUUGUGACACCUCACUGAUUUUGCGUUCAGGGAAAGCCUGUGUCCUGAAGUGCCUGCUAGAUAUUCACAGAGUCUUUCGAGAGAACGACCCAGCCUACAUACUGAAUGACCUGUAUAUCACAGACUACUGCAUCUGGAUCCAGAGGGUCAAGUAA